AUGAUAAACUGGUUGAUAAUCUCUAUCAGUGGAAUAUUGGGAUUUGGAUUGUUAUCCUUUACGUCAUCAAUGAUCAUGUCUGCAUUUCGUAAUCUAGCCUGGUUUUCAAAAGGGAUGCGUGAAUACACAAAGUCAGGCUAUGAGUCAGCUGCUACACAUUUUGAUCCUAAUGAGUUGAAAAACGUACGCUUAGACAGUCACCGUGUUUUGAUAACUGGAGCCAAUUCAGGGAUCGGCCUCGUGUGUUGUAAAGAAUUAGCGAAACAUGGUGCAGAAAUCCAUAUGGUUUGUCGCAGUAAACCUCGUGCUGAAGAGGCACGUCAGCAGAUAAUCUCUGAAACUGGAGUCAAUGAUUCGCGUAUAAUUAUUCAUCCAUUGGAUCUUUCUAAGCCGAAUGAUGUCCGCAAUUUUGGAAAACAAUUUGCUAAUAAUAAUGAUUCACGUCUAGAUAUUUUGAUUAAUAAUGCUGGCUGCAUGAUUAAUGAAUAUAAAACUGAUGAAAACGGCAUAGAAGCUAAUUUCGCCACAAAUACACUUGGUACUUAUAUACUUACUGAAAGUCUAAUACCUGCAUUAAAAAAAUCACCUGAUGCUCGUGUUAUUACUGUUAGCUCAGGUGGAAUGUUAGUACAGAAAUUGGAUCAUGCUGAUCCAAUGCUUACAACUAGGCACAACAAAUUUGAUGGAACAAUGGUUUAUGCACAAAAUAAACGUCAACAAGUUGUUAUGACUGAAAUGUGGUCUAAGAACUAUCCAGAAAUAUUCUUCUGUUCAAUGCACCCUGGUUGGGCUGAUACACCAGCUGUCGCACUGUCUAUGCCAUCAUUUUACAAUAAAAUGAAAAAUAAACUAAGAACACCAGAACAAGGUGCAGAUACAGCGAUCUGGUUAGCAGCGGUACCAAAUGUGAGAAGAUUCCAAAACGGUUCUUUCUUCCAAGAUCGUCAAGUAGUUAGUCAGCACCUAAAAUUAGCUUGUACACAUUCAAAAGAUGAUGAGAAACGUAAAUUCAUCUUAGUGAAAAAAAUGAAUCCUCAUCGAUUUUCGUGUAGUGUUUGCAAUAUAUGGUGUGACACUGAGAAUGUCCUACGAGCUCAUGAAACGGGGAGAAAACAUCGCUCUAAAUGUCUUGCUUUAGACAGUUUAAACAUAGUGGAUCAUAUUAAUUAUCCCCUAAAAAUUUCCUUACCAACACUAGUUACUCCUGAUUCGGGCUCACCGAAAGAUUCAUUCUUAGAUACCACCUCUUAUUUUACAGGGCCGAUGAGAAAUUCAAUCUGUGAUCAAGAAUCCUCUUCAUACGUAGGUUUCAUUGAUUCUAGUUCAAAUUGGACAAAGUCAAACCAGUUAUCUUCAGCUUCCGAAAUUUCCUUUACCUGCAACUUAUGCGGUAUACAUAUGAAUUCUUCAGAUCAAUAUACUUCUCACCUUCGUGGUCGCAAACACCAAAGUAAAAUAAAUCUUAAUUCAGUUUCCAGUCUGUCUUCAAGCGAUACAGCAAUGUCACCAUCAAGUGACGAAAGCUCAACUUCUGUUUUUUAUCAGUGCAAUAUUUGUCAAUUUGUAAUAUUCAGUUCAAUGAAACUGAAACAUUUGGAGUCAGAAGAGCAUCAACUGAAUGUUCGCAAGUUAAGAGAAAAAUCAGUAUCAUCAAGUCCACGUGUAGACAACUCUCACCUACGUAAAUUUAAACGAUCUUGUCGAGAGGUCUUAGUACCCGUAUAUGGAUCAAUUAAGUUCACAUCUGCUGAGGCUCAGCUUUUGGAGAAUUCAGCGAAAGGAGAUCAAGAUUGUGUUUUGUUGUUGGAUUCAUUUGACGGUCGAGAUCGUAUUGCGAUACAUCUGGCAAAUGCAUUACUGAUAGCUAAUAAAAAUUUAUCAACUAUCGACUCGUCAAGUCCUUCUGCUCCUACCUGGGUAGUAUGGGUUCUACCCAAAACAGAUAGUUCCUUAGCUAACUCGAUCUCUGUAUUUGGAUCUCAAUCAGAUAAUGACAAUAAUACAUCUCAACGUCCUUUAAAAAUUGCUCACUUACCUUGUGAUGUAAAAAAAUUAACACAAGUUGAUUUGAUACUUACAACCUCUGAUUUGUUUGUUGAGCACUUAUCAAUUCUACUAAUGAAACAAGCAUUUAUUUGUGGCAUAAUUAUUCAUGAUGUCGAUGCAGCGGUAAAAAAUGAAGAGUUUUGCAAUCUUCUUCAUCGUUAUCGUCAAGAUUACACAAACCAACAUAAUCGAGGCCGAAUCAUAUGUUUUGGUCGAAUGAAAGUAGAGGAAGAUAGUGUUUUUUCGUCGUUCACACAGUACGGUUAA